UUGGUCUUCUUCCCCUUCUGUUUUCACAUCUCUCUCUCUCUCUCUCUCUCUCUCUCUCUCUCUCUCUCUCUCCAUCUUCAUCUUUUUCUCCUGGGGGCCUUUUAGGGGGUUUCUAUUAUAAUUUCUCUGGUUCCACUACUUUCUCUGACAAGUCCUGUUCUGCUCAAACAUCUGAAAGAAAGCAAAGAACAGUACCAAAAAGAGGAAUCUUUUCUUCUUCCUCCUGCUCUUCUUUCUGUCCGGGUUCAUGGGUUCCUGUCUCAGUUCUCGGAUCAAAGCCGAAAGCCCUCCCCGUAAUGGAGCUAAUUCGAGCGGGAAAAGCAGCGAUCUUUACGGCCUAAGCCUUUCGAGCCAGAAAUCGUCGAUGACGACAGUUUCUCACAAGACGGAGGGAGAGAUUUUACAGUCUGCAAGUGUCAAAAGCUUCACCUUCAACGAACUCAAACUUGCCACCAGAAACUUCAGACCAGACAGUGUGGUCGGUGAAGGAGGCUUCGGUUCUGUCUUCAAAGGAUGGAUCGAUGAAAACACUCUGACUCCGACCAAACCGGGAACCGGUCUGGUCAUCGCGGUUAAGCGGCUUAACCAGGAAGGACUUCAGGGUCAUCGUGAAUGGUUGACAGAGAUCAACUACUUGGGUCAGUUGAAUCACCCGAAUCUGGUUAAACUGAUCGGUUAUUGCUUGGAGGACGAGCAUAGGCUUCUUGUAUAUGAGUUUAUGACAAAGGGUAGUCUUGAGAAUCAUCUUUUCAGAAGGGGUUCAUACUUUCAGCCGCUCUCGUGGAAUCUACGGGUAAAGGUCGCGGUAGAAGCCGCAAAGGGGAUUGCUUUCCUUCACAGCGAUUCAGUAAAAGUGAUAUACCGAGACCUGAAGGCUUCAAACAUCUUGCUAGACUCGGACUACAACGCGAAAUUAUCCGACUUUGGGUUAGCCCGAGACGGUCCAAUGGGCAGUCGGAGUUACGUCAGUACGAGGAUCAUGGGAACAUAUGGAUAUACCGCUCCCGAGUAUAUGUCCACUGGCCAUUUGAAUGCCAGAAGCGAUGUGUACAGUUUCGGGGUGGUUCUUCUCGAAAUACUUUCGGGCAGGCGGGCAUUAGACCACAACAGACCGGCCAAGGAAGAAAACCUCGUGGAAUGGGCUCGGCCUUACCUCGCGAGCAAACGGAAGGUCCUCCAAAUCGUGGAUAAGCGGCUGGACGGGCAGUACUUGCCAGAAGAAGCUGUUAGAGUGGCCAGCAUCGCCGUACAGUGCAUAUCCACCGAGCCCAAGUCUCGUCCAACAAUGGACCAAGUGUUGAGAGCGUUGCAAAGAGUGCAGGACAACUUGGGCAAACCGACCGAACCGGAACCGGUUAGGGAUACCAGGAGAUUCGGAUUGAAAACCGGAGUCAGGUUCCAGAAAAAGGGUUGUGCAAACAAAACACAGUUUGGUUUUUAGGUAGAGAACAUCACUGAACUUGGUGUAUUGUAAUAUAUGAUGAGGUGAUUAGUUUUUGAUGUGACAAUGUUUUGGGUUGUUAUCAUUUAAUGAGAUUAUACUAAUCUUCUCUGCAUUUUACGAAUAUUACCUGUAUUGUAUUGUAUUGUAUUGUAUUGUUUGGAUUAUAACAAAAUAUGAGGGUACUGUUGAUACU